GUGCAGUGGAAUGAUAUAGACUACAUGGACCGUUCUCUAGACUUCACCUUUGACCCCACGGCCUUCUCGACCCUGCCUGACAUGGUGAAAGACCUGCACAGCCACGGACAGCGCUACGUCAUGAUGCUGGACCCGGGUAUCAGCAGUGUCCAGCCAGAAGGAGGGUACUGGCCGUAUGACGAAGGUCUGAGGAGAGGAGUCUUCAUCAAUCACACAGAUGGAAGCACACUCAUCGGGAAGGUAGGGAGACACACACACACAGAUGGAAACACACUCACCAGGAAGGUAGGGACCUCUAAAGGUUCUGUGCACGUUCUAUCUGUUUGGUACUUGCUCACUCCUGAGAUGGACCAGCAGCUGGAGAUCUCCUAG